CGGCCGGUAAUGACAUAAAGUUGGUGUGUGAUUCCUGUACGAUGUGAUCGGGGGAGGAGAGAAGAUCCGUUGUGUAUAUGAUGGGGGAUCCGCUUCUACUAGUUCCUCCUCCUCUCCCCAGUCAUCCUGCCCCUUGUCUUCAUCGUACAGCUCACACUCCUCCUGAGCUGUCACACCGCACAGCCGGCUGGGAGGGAGGACUCUGCCCCGGGCACAGCGAUCCCAGCACGGAGCCCCGCACCGCCCGGGAGCUGCCAUGCUUUCACCAGGACUUCUUUCCUGCCAGCGACCUUUAUUAAAGAACUGAAAUGAAGAAGUGUAAGUGCUGUACAUCGGUUCUUUUACGACAGAGGGUCAUCUUCCUCAUAUGCUCUGUGUCUAUACUAGGUAUCUUGAAACUUAUGAACAUUGAACUUAUAUUUCCCAAAUCCAAAAGUUAUUUUGUGGAACCACAGCUAUAUUUUUUUGGUAUUACUAAAAAUGGCCAACCACAUGAUCCCUCCAGCAGCAUUAACUGUACAGAUAUAUUUGAGUUAGAACCAACAGAGAUUGGGAAAAGUUUACAACUUCGGCAGAGACACAUAUACGACCUUGACGAUGAAAAAGUUUCAGCAAUGACAAAGGACUGUAAAACCUAUAAAAAUCUAAGGCAGUACCAUCAAAAGCUUUUCUCAAAGGAAGAAGUGGACUUUCCAAUAGCCUAUUCAAUAGUUGUACAUAAGGAUUCUAUAAAUGUUGAACGUCUCUUGCAUACAAUAUACAGUCCAACUAAUGUGUACUGUAUCCAUUAUGACCUCAAAUCAACUCCUGAAUUCCAGAGAGCCAUGGUCAAUUUAGCCAGCUGCUUUCCCAAUGUUUUUAUUGCAUCUAAACUUGAAAAGGUGAUCUAUGCCCAUUUUUCCAGGCUGCAAGCAGAUCUUAAUUGUCUGUCUGAUUUGCUGGCCCACCCUGUUCAGUGGAAGUAUGUCAUAAAUUUGUGUGGACAGGACAUGCCGCUCAAGUCAAACUAUGAACUUGUUUCUGAAUUAAAAAAACUUAAUGGAAAGAACAUGCUUGAGACAGCAAGGCCAACAGAUUUAAAGAAACAACGCUAUAUCUAUCACCACCAGGUAUUUUUCGUGUUAAGUCUCGAUUACAUGAAAAUGCCCAUUAAAACAUUUACUCAGAAGAGUCCACCACCCACUGAUAUUGAAAUGUACUCUGGAAGUGCUUACUUUGUUUUAAGUCGUGCUUUCAUUGAGUACAUUUUUGGAAGUCGAUUGGUUGCUGAAUUUUUAGAGUGGAACAAGGAUACCUUUUCCCCAGAUGAACAUUAUUGGGCAACCCUUGUCCGUAUGCCUGGGGUUCCAGGUGAGAUUCCAAGAACACAAGGAGAUGUAACAGACCUUGAUAGUAAAACUCGUCUGGUAAAAUGGAGCUAUCUCGAGGAAAGCCAUUAUCCGCCAUGCACUGGCACUUAUGUUCGCAGUGUUUGCAUUUAUGGGGCUGCAGAGUUAAGAUGGCUUCUUACUUCAAAACAUUGGUUUGGAAAUAAAUUUGAUCCUAAAGUAGACCCUAUUUUAGUUAAGUGUUUAAUUGAAAGGAUUGAAGAACAACAGAAAAAAUUUGUUUCUUCAUCAUCAAGAUGAUGGGAAUAUUCCUUGUAUUCUACAGUCCAUAUAUUUUUGCUUCUGGAGAACUCAGUAGUCAAUACUUGGGAGAAAAAUUGGCAUUUGACCAAAGCCUAUAAUUUAUUUUUAGAGUUGUUUUAAAAUUACUGAAGUAAAGCUUAUUGCAGAAUGAAUUUUUGUGAAAAGAGGUCACCUAAAAAUGCCAACAAUGGCAUUGUCUGUAGUAGACUUGAGAAAUCUAAGAGACUCUAGAAGAAACCACAGGUCAUAACAAUGCAAUUUUGGAACAUGCAGACAGUUUACAAGCCAAGGCCCUUCGUCACAGGGUGUAGUGUGAUGCUGUGUCCUGUGGUGUUUGUCCUUUCAUGUGUGAGUCUUGGAACAUUGUUGUGCUUGGUAAGGCUUCCGAUAAGCCCUGUUUCAGAAUCAUCUGGAAGCAAACCAUGAUGUAAGGGGCCCACAAAACCCCUGUCUAGCCAUGCAUGGGGCACAUGCUGCUCCAGGUGUAGAUUCACCAUUGAUAUUGUAGUUUCUGACAAACUGAGGUACCAACUGUAUUUUUCUGAUUCUCAACAAUCAUCAGGGACUGAAAUAAUGAAAACAGUGCUCUAUUCCUUUGUCAGCAUUUCAUUUUUAAUGUACUGUCAAGGAAACAUAGUUCAGUGCAUACCCCCCAACAGUUUAAAAUCUUAACUCCUUCUCACCAACAGUACGAAUAUAUGUGGCCUCACUGGUCUGUUUUUUUUUCCCGUGGAGCCACAUAUAUACAUAUCUGUCUUUGUGCUGGGAGUGCACUUUCAGCACAGAGACGGGGGACUCACUGGGGACCCAAGGUCCCGGACUAACUACCGAGACCCAGAACUCCCAGUUCCCGGUUAACUGAUCACUGUGGUAGCCCUUGUGUUUUCUUUCUCUGAAUGGAGGAGAGAGUUACAUCGUAUUUCUCUCUCUAUCCUUGCAGAGAAACAAAAAAAAAAACUGUGUGUAAAAUAAUAAUAAAAAAAAUAUAAAAUAAAGAAAAAUACCUAGAUCAAGGUUUGAUCUAGGUCAGUGCCAGGGUUAGCGUUUGGGUAAAGUAGAGGUCAAAGGUAAUUUUCAGUAUAUUUUGGGCAGGAUUUUUUUUUAUUUAAAAAAAAAAAAUUGGAUUUGUAUCAGUGUGUUUUGGGUUUUACUGACACAUGCCAAAGUAACAAAAUUGUGCUUAGGCAUUAAUAUUUAUUUUACCCUUAGACGGGAAGUGGUUAAAGCGGG